GUUGUUGCCUCGUUUGAAAUUUUCAUUCUAGUGAUUCAUAACGCGGUCGCACUGCUCCCGUUCACGUGAAUCUCGAAAAAAUCACUAAAGUUGUAUCAUUCAGGUAAUUAAAUAAUGUUUCCUAAAGUGCUGUGAUGUCGUGCUGUUGCAAUCAUAAUGUGUAGGACAUUUGCGAUCGUUAAAUUGGUGACACUCGUUCAUAUUUUAUUGGUGUUUGGUUCCGUCCCAGAAGGUUUGGAAAAUCAAUUAGGACUAUGCGGAAAAGUGCAUUUAACGGUUUCGCCUCUGCAAGACAAUUACCUCGAAUUAAAUUGGGUCACACGGAAUUGCACUUCACAUUCAAGACCCGAUUACAUUGUCCUUUCUAAGAAAAAUCUCAAAGCUAGAGAUGAGGAUAAAUUUUCUUCAGCUUUGGCUCAAAUCAGAACAAUAGAUUAUCCUAAUGGUUACUACAAGACCAAAAUAAAAUUUAGAGAGGGAUGGCUGCCGGGAAAUUGGGAAUAUAAUAAAGAUACCGUGCGGGCAGAUGAAGGACCGCAUUGUCUUCCUUAUUGGAUUUCUUCUAUUAAAUAUGAUAUUAUUACUGAGUCAAGGUGCUUAAGUAUUGAGCCAACAUGGAUGUAUGAUAAUAGGCAUUAUCUGGCUAAAAAGAAAAUAGGCAACCUAGUAAUCCCAGGCACUCACAAUUCAGGCUCCUAUAAAGGAAUCAUUUCAUACUUCGAAGGUUACGUUCUGAAUCAAGACCAAAGCGUAUGGAAUCAACUAGUAUUUGGUAUAAGAUACCUCGACUUCAGAAUCGGUUAUUUACCAGACGGUGGAUUCCACAUAUUCCACGACCACGUGAAAGUAACGAAAAUAGAACCGAUUUUAGAACAGAUCAAGAAGUUUGCCGAGCUGGCACCUCAGGAAAUCAUUUUUAUCGAUUUCCAUCGAUUUCCGUUUCCCCAGAACUUCACCAUAGAUUUGCAUCACAGGUUUACUGAUAUCGUUUAUUAUUAUUUGGGCGAUCAUGUAGUCGCACCAUUGGGAUUACAAGCCGGUAGCGGACCUACUUUGAAUGAGAUUUGGUCUCAAAAUAGGAGUAUUAUUAUUUCGUAUGCAGAUAGGAUUACUAUUAGUGCAAAACCGUGGCUGUGGAACCCAUUAAAACAAUUCUGGGGCGACACCAAUAACCUAAAUAGCCUAAAGCAAUUCCUGUACAAUGCCCUCUAUCAGCACAAGAGUCAUAUUAAUCCGAUGUGGGCUUUAAUGGCCGAGCUGACGCCCACACACUGGGACGUUCUUUUGAGGAAAAACAAUUUGAGAGAACUGGCGCAGACCGUGAAUAAGGAAGUGACCAAAUGGAUCAGAGACGAGUGGUUUAACGAUGUUAAUAUCGUAGCAACUGAUUAUUUUUUGGGAAAUGAUUUGGUUAGGAUUGCUAUUGAAGGAAAUAUAGCCAGUUCAUAUUAGUGUA